UGGCGGCGGUCUGAGCGCGCCCAUGGCGGGGGCGUUGAGGGCGCUCAGGACGGCGGGGGCGGCGCGGCCGUUCCACCGCAGGGGCCUGAGCCGGGCAGCGGGGCCGCCGAGCACCCGCCAGCUGCGGGAGGCCGAGGAGGCCGCCCCAGUGUUCCAGUACACGGGGAAGGCGGCCAGGCGCAAGGACCGCGUGUUCGUGUGGGGCUUCAGCUUCUCGGGCGCCCUGGGCGUCCCCAGCUUCGUGAAGCCUGACGCGGGCUGGAAGAAGCCGCGGCGUAUCCAAGCCACGCCGUACCGCCUGGAGACGGAGGAGAAGAUAUCCUCUGCUGCCUGUGGUUAUGGAUUCACACUGCUGGCCUCCAGUACCACGGACAUCACCAAAGUGUGGGGUAUGGGGCUCAACAAGGAUUCCCAGCUUGGAUUCCAGAGGAGCAGAAGAGAUCAAACUAAGGGCUAUGAAUAUGUCUUGGAACCAUCUCCAAUUCCAUUACCACUGGAGAAGCCGCAGCAGACUCGAGUCUUGCAGGUGUCCUGUGGGAGAGCCCAUUCCCUGGUCCUGACAGAUAGUGAAGGAGUUUUCACAAUGGGAAACAAUUCUUAUGGACAGUGUGGCCGGAAGGUUGUUGAAGAUGAAAUUUACAGUGAAAGCUACCUCAUUCAUCAGCUGAAGGAGUUUGACAGCAGAGUUGUCCAGGUAGCGUGUGGACAGGACCACAGUCUGUUUAGAACCAAGAAAGGUUCAGUCUAUGCAUGUGGAUGGGGAGCUGAUGGACAAACAGGUCUUGGACACUACAACAUCACCAGUGUUCCUACUAAGCUACGUGGUGACAUUGCUGGAGUAAACAUUGUCCAGGUCUCUUCCUGUGGGGACUGUUGUCUGGCUGUUUCAGAUGAAGGAGAUGUCUUUGGUUGGGGAAAUUCAGAAUACUUGCAGUUGGCAUCUGUCACAGAAACCACACAGGUGAAUGUUCCCAGGCAUUUGCCAUUCAAGAUUGGGAAGAUAAAGGAGGCUGCCUGUGGAGGGACUGGCAAUGCUGUGUUAACAGAAGAAGGAAAUAUUUUUGUCUGGGGAUAUGGAAUUCUUGGGAAAGGACCAAACCUAAUAGAGACAGCAGUGCCAGAGAUGAUCCCACCCAGCCUUUUUGGCCAGUCAGACUUCAAUUUGGACAUCUGUGUUGCUCAUAUUCGCUGUGGACUCAGCCAGUUUGCAGCACUUACAAACAGAGGAGAACUGUUUGUAUGGGGCAAGAAUCUAAGAGGGUGCCUGGGAACUGGAAGAAUGGAAGACCAGUAUUUCCCAUGGAGGGUGACUGUACCCGGGGAGGUGGUGGAUGUGGCAUGUGGAGUUGAUCAUAUGGUAAGCCUGGUCAAGUCUUUUACCUAGCAAUGCUGCUGGGCCUCAGCACUGUGCCAGGGCGAUGGGGGGACUUGGUGAAGAGCUUCUUGGAAAGGAAGACUCAUUCUGUGAAGCUGAGUGAUUGUGAGCAGAGACAGCCAUAGCAGUGCCUGGGUGUGUUGUCAUCUCUGCAUCCUUGAAACACUCUGCCCUGGCUGCAGGAAGGAAGCACAUUCCUUGAGGAGUGUGGAAAUGCAAAGAGUGUUCUGGCUGGUUCAUGAUGAGCUCUCUGAGAAUCUGAGGCCCAGCCCCAAGCUGGUGAGCCUCUCUGUGCCUGAGGAUGAAGAGCAUCUCCCUCAAGGAAGGCUGGCAUGGGAUGAAAUCUACAGCAUAGGACAUUGAUUUAUGGACACUCCCUGUCACCAGCUCUGGGGUGUCAGUGUUGAGCAGAGCCAAACUAUUUUUCAAGGGGAAGGGUUUUUUUUUAUAGCUGUUUUUUAUGUGGAAGAGAGGUUUUGCUGGCUCUUGAAGCCCAUCACAGCUGUCCUGAGUGGCCACCCCCAGCUGCACUGUGCCUGGGCUGCUGUCCCAUGCAGAAACUGGAAGCACAGCUGGAUACAGAGUGGUGGCCUAGAGGCAGUGGUGUGCCCAUGGGCUGUUGCAGCUUUCUGUGUCAGCACUAAAGGCUGAACAGCCGAGGAACACAUUCGAAGAGUGAGAACCUGUUUGCAGGGGAAAGUACUGUUAAAUGAGACAGCAGGGAAAGAUCAGUCCCAGGCUGUCUGCGCUGCUGUGGCUGUGGGAGGACAGAUAGAUGGUGACAGAAGCCCAUCUAGCCUGUCAUGGGAGGGAGGCUGGAAACAAAGUCCCUGCUCAGCUACCUGCUGACUUGGUGCCAGGCACGGAUCUCAGCAGUGCUCACUACUCCUCAGGUACUUUUGUCUCCUUGUGCUGGUCACACAACACGGUCUUUGAUUUUUUUGGGGGGAGUCCCUGCACUCUUUCUGUUUUCAGAGGACGGCAGCUCUCAGUUGCAGUUAGCUGGGGUUUUCAGGAUUGCCUAGCAGGGGAAGGAGUCUUAAUGGGUGAGAAGCAGAGCCUCAUUCUUAGCAGUAAGGUGAUGGAAAUGGGAUGCAACAGCUGUAUGUACCUGUAGCAGGCACUUACCAAUUUCACAUCCAAGAAUGGGAAACUGUCCCCUGUGAAACACUUCAAACAUCAGGCAGAAUUGUCUUUUCUCUCUGUGGGAUACUUCUACUGUGCAAAUUAUUUUGUCAAAAUCCAAGCUGAUAUGUUUUAAAUAAAGUGAUUAUAAAGUCUUUA